AAUGGAAUUUUAGUGUUGCUAAUGUUAGACAGAAUUUAAUUAGGCAAGUUAUUCUCCAUUUGUUUUGCCAAGUUGUGGACAUUCUGUUUGUUAUAAAUGUGUUCAAUAAUAUAUAUCUGGUGGUCAAUAAUUAAAAUGCAAAGAGGAUGGGUAACAAUAAAAAAUAUUAAAGAAUUGAAUGUAAUGUCCAUAGAGAUCAAAAAUGUUUUCCUUAAAAUUAAAGUAUUCUCACUAUGCUUAAAAAGCGUUAAUCGUCAGCAAAGAGUUUAACAACUUUUCAAACUCCUGAUGAUCAACAUUCUUAAAAUUCUACUAAAGAAAUGGGGGAGUGUUUUUCUGAAAAAUCUACAUCAUAAUUUUUAUCAACAGAAGUUAUUCCAAAGACAUCAAUAUGUUAAUUACAUUAAAAAGAAUUGGAACUUAUAUGUCAGGAAGAUGGUUAAUGCAUUUGUGUUAAUUGUGCUUUAUUUGGACCUCACAAAUUUCAUAAUUAUCUACCUAUUGAAUAAUUUUUGAAAUAAAUAGAGCUAACAGUUAAUGAGAUAUCAUGUUUAUAUAAAUAAAUUCAAAAUGAAAGAAACAAUAAAGAAUAACUUGAAAAGUUACUAUUACUAGGAUUUAAUCAAUAAUUAUGUUGCAUAAAAUCAAAGAUUGAUUUAUAUUUUAGCGAUUUGAAUAAAUAAAUAGAUGAAAUCAAGAUACAGACUCUUCAUAAAAUAAAUUAGGCAUAUGAGAAUUCAUAAGAAAUUAUUCUAAAUAAAAUUGAUAGUGAGUUUUCACAUCUAUAAAUUGAAGCAGAUUAAUGGCUUAAUUAAGCUAGCUAUUAAUUAAGUCAAUUAGUAGAUGAAUCAUAAUAGUCAAAGUUUAGGAAAUUCGAUUAAAUCAUUAUAAAUUCUGGAUAAACUAUUUUAAAAUAAUUUAAUUUAAUUAAAGAAUCAAUUACUAUUUUAAUUGAUUCUACUUAGAAAUCUCAUGAAAUAUAGGUUCCUAUAUAAGUAAUUUCUAAUUAUAUAUCCUAAUUAAUGGGACUAAAUAAUAAUAAAUAUGAAAAUACAAAGCAAGAUUCUAUAGGCCUUUUGCCUUCUGAUCUUUCUGAUAAAAAUUUAUAAAAUGAAUAAUCUGAAUUCCUAUUGAUUGAUAGAUAACCUACUGAAGAAAUAAUUAAAAUCACAGAAAAAAAACCUUUGAAAAUAGAAGUUGGAAAAGUUAAAAGAAACUCAGGAGUUUUUUCACCAUCUUAAUAACCUACUUAGCCAACUUCACCUGCAUAUGAUGUAUCAAAAUAGAUAAACUUCAAUUCAGUCUAAUCUUAAUUCUCUAAAUAAAAAGAAAGAAGUGCAACUUUAUCAAAUAGUGAAUUACUUGAGACUUCAUAAAUCUUAGUAUAAAAGUAAUCCAAAUUUAAUAAUGGUAUCUAAAAUAGUAAUUAAAAAUAACCUAAAAAAUUUACAAAUAAUUAAAAAAUGAAUGAAAAACUAUCUUAAACCUUAACUAUUAUUCAUUAAGACAAAAAUGAAAUUAUAGAUUUAAGUUAAAUAGGUAAUUUCUAUUUAAUUAUUUAGAUUUUAAUGAUUAAAUAAUUUAAAUACUAGGAGAAUAUUUAAAAGGAACAUAAAAUAUUAAGGUUUUGAAAUUAAGUAAAUGUUUAUUAGUGGAUGAUUUAUUUCAAAAAUUAAUAAUAAAUUUAUCGGAAUCCACGUAAAAUUUUAAAUAAAUAUAGGAUUCAUACUUUGCAUCUUCAACAAAAUUUAUUAACAGAAAAAUCCCUUGAUUAUAUUUUAGUUCAUUUGAAAUAAAAUCCUCAAUCAUAAUUGAGAUUAUUUUAUAUGAACUAAAAUUCUAUUAUAGCAUCUAAAGCAAAGAAAAAAAUAGAUGAGCUUAAGAAAUAUGGUGUCUAAAUUUCAUUAUGA